AUGAAAUUUUCAUUCAGUAUUUCUCUUCUAAAAUCCAAGAUCCUCAGAUCCCCAACAAGCCAGCAAAGCCAGAGAAGAUCUUCCACAGCCGCAUCGCUGCAAACAAGGCAGAUCUUGGCCGCUUUCCCGGAGGCCUUCAAUCAGAAUCUGCCAUCGGAUCUCUCUAGGAUUUGGUCGCCCCUUUGCACCGCCGCGCCGCACUGCCGCUGCUGCCCAUCUUUUGACGCGGAAAGCCCAGACAAGACUUUGACUUCAAAGUCCACCAUUUGGCUUUUGUUGACUACCCCACGUAGAAAUUUCCAAUUAGUCUCCCCCCAUUAA